CACCGGCUAUUGCUUAACAUCCUUUCCGCGCAGAGUUCUCCCUCCACAACGCAACAGGCCUCGGGAUAUCAUCCCAGCUUCACUUACCGGCCACUUGACACACAAGUAGUGUUCCACAGACACGAUCGCUCAAUCUCAUCCUAGUAAUCGAUGUAUGGGUGCACACCCGCCGAUCUGCUCCUUUCACCCCUCACCGGCUCGCAAGCGAGGGGGAUGCAAGGGCGAUGAGCUGUUUUCUCCGACUGCUAAGCUUCUGACAAGUCUUUCGCGAUUCUGAUAUGGCAAACACUCACAUCGACCAGGCUGCAAAAAUACCACAGGUUCCUCCUGACGAAUGUAUCUCGGAGACUACCGAGAAGAUCUUACCGACCUCCUCCACCCUUGACUCAGCCCCACAGCUGGACGACGAUGGGUCAACCCAACACCGCGCCGCGCUGUCCAGAGCCAGACGAGUGGUCGUUGCUGGCCUGAUGAUUACGCCUUAUUUUCUGACUUCCUCCAACUCGGCCUCUGCCUUCAUGCUCAUCCCAUCGAUACAGCGCGAUCUCGGUGGUAGUCAGCUCGCCGUCCAGUGGGUCGCUUCGGCAUAUACUCUGGCCAACGGCUGUGGUUUGUUGGUCUCUGGACGACUCGCAGACAUGUAUGGUCGAAAGAAGCUAUUUCUCAUUGGUAUGUGCCUCAACGGAGUCUUCUGCCUCGCCUCAGGCUUCAUCAGGAUCCUGAUACCACUGUGUAUUCUCCGAGCCCUCGCAGGUUUAGGCUUGGCCAUCGCCAUGCCCGCCGGAUUCGGAAUCAUCGGGUCAACGUUUGACCAAGAACCGGGGAGGACCAUCGCAUUCGCCAUCAUGGGUACGGGUUGGCCCCUGGGCAGUGGAGUAUCCCAGGUUCUCGGUGCAUUCAUCGCAACUGCGAGGCCGGAAUCCUGGUCUUACAUAUUUGUCCUACUGGGCGGUCUAGCGAUCGUCACUGCCGCGGUCACACUCUUCGUCAUCCCCAUGGACAAGGAUCCCAAAAGGCGGCUCGUCGACCGACGGAUCGACAUGAUCGGAGCGGUCUUGAUCACCCUCGCCAUCUCCCUCCUGUCCUUCUCCAUCACUCAGGGCGGUUUAGUCCAUCGAGGAUGGCGCGAGCCUUACAUACCUUGCGUCUUCUGCCUCUCCAUCAUCACGGUACUCGCCUUUGGUUUGUGGCAACACCACCUCAAACGCAAGAAUGCCCUGCCUCCCCUCGUCGACCUUGAUAUUUUCACCCGAUUCAAGGGCAAAAUCACAGCCCUACUAGCAGUGACAUUCACAAGCUAUACCGCGAUCAACGGCUGGCUCUAUGUCGCGUCCCAAUGGUUCCAAGUGCUCAAAGGCGAGACACCACUCGAGUUUGCCCUCCAUACCCUCACCGCACCGAUAAUGGGUCUGGUCGCGUGUCUCAUCGUACCACUCGUGGCCGUACGAGUGAGAGCACCGAUCCUGCUCGUUUUUGGCUGUUUCUCCACGGCUGCUGCGUGCUGGCUAUUCGCUGCCCAGCCGUCCGGAUCCACCUACUGGUCAUUCGAAUUCAUCGCCAACAUUGUCAAUCCAUGGGGAGCAGACUUUACGGUCGGUAUAGGCUCGGUUCUGAUCUCCAACUUUGCUAUUGGAGACGAGCAAUCACUCCUUGGCGCCCUGUUCCAAACUGUCAUUGCGUUUUCAGGGACCAUUGGCACUUGUCUAGCCUCUCUGAUACAGACGAAGCAGUACGAGUCGUCUGGCGACAUCCGGAAAUCGCUAGACGCCGCUUGGUGGUUCUUGGCCGGCAUGUCCUGGUUGGCCUGCCUCAUCACCAUUGCUUUCCUGAGAGACAUCAAAUUGGCGAAGGACGUCAAGCGAGAUUUAGCUCAUCUGGACAAGGGAGCCGAGAUUGCGACAGCGAUUCCAAGCGACCCCACGACAAUACAAACGAGCGGAUGAGGAAGGAUGUAUCAUUUCA